AUGGCCCGCCUCAGCUUGGACAUCGUUGUGCUAGUCAGCGCCCUAGCUUCCCUCACGUCCGCAGUACCACUGGCAAGAGCCGACUGCGACAAAACCACCCUGUCGAAAGCAGCAGACGCCUACGUCGCAGCCCAAACCGCCGGCUCCAUCGCGGCUCUCCAAGAUUCGUUUGCCUCCAACUGGACCUACCAAGAGAACAACAAGGUCAUCGACCACCAGAAGGGCGUCUUGCACAAGUCGUUAAAGAUCGACCACCGCCGCACAAACUACGACCUCGUUCAGUGCGCCACCUACACCGAACUCAUUUCCGCCUCUGGUCCCUACACUCUCGCAACGCAGAUCCGGCAUGCGAGCGAUGGCAAAGUAACCUCCAUUGAUACCAUAGCCGCCACGACAAACUCAUGGAUCUUCAAUGCUUCCAAGACCCUCGAGUACGUCAAGCAAGAGAAAUGGGACCCCAUCCCGAAAGAAAAGCAGGACAGUCGCGAGGCUAUCCAAGCAGCCGGCGAUGCCUACAUGGACAUGUGGAGCGAUGCUCAUGCGCAUGAGAAAGUGCCUUGGGGUACACCGUGUGUAAGGCUCGAAGGAAGCGCGUACACGGGCAAGGGUCAACCGGAUGAUAGUUGUCAACCCGGCAUUCCGAGCAACCAUAGUCAGGCGCCGAAUACACAUCGGCGGUAUGUGAUUGAUCAAGAGAUGGGCAGCGUGUCUAUCUUUUGCGUGUGGGAGCAUAUGAUGAUGGCAGCGGACUCGCACGAGUUCCGGCUGGAGAACGGAAAGCUGAGAUAUGUGCAUACAAUGACUGAAUGUGGGGGAAAGACGUGCAGGCUGUGA